AUGGCAGAAGAUACACAGGAUUUCAAGUCCUUACAAGAUGAAGUUCAAGCUGCUCUCGUAACAACGGUCAAAACUGCCGGUUAUAUAGCAUCAGAAGAUCUCGGCUUUCAUCGAUCAUUAAAUCCUGAAGUGGGAAGUGCUCUCGACGAACAGAAUGCACGCUUGCUCGCACUUGCCAAUCAGUUGCUCAAGUCUGCAGCUUCCGUCUCUGGUAUCCAGGUCCCAAUUUUAGAAGAUGUCGACGACGUUGAUAACAAUUGGCGCGGUGUUGUGGAUGUUGUGGAUUCCUUACUCGAAAAAACGGAUACUUGCCUCGACGAAUAUACAGGAAUUAUCAAAAGAAAACAAGGGGAAGAGACUUCUGCGACAAUGAAAUCACAGAAACAACCCCUCGACAAUUCGCUCCGUACACAAAACCUUGUGAAGCCACAACUCGCAUUCGAGGUCAAACCUAACAACGAGGAUACAUCGCCGUGGCUACCUCUUCUUAAGACAAAACCGCAUGCGAAAGUGUCAUUAGAGGAUAGUCUUGGAAUGAUUACAAACGAAUACGACCAGAAACAGUAUAAGCAUCCUUACGAAACGGAAAUCUUACAAUUACAAUACCCCAGCGCUAUGUAUGAGAAGGCGGAACCCAUAAAAUAUUUACCCGUUGAAAGCACGUCCGCGAAAUUCGUUGAUACCUACGAGGGUGUUUUAGAGAUGCUGGAAGAGCUCAAAGGCGCUACGGAAAUCGCAGUCGACUUGGAACAUCAUGAUACUCGUUCAUAUGUUGGUCUCGUAUCUUUGAUGCAAAUCAGUACUCGCGAAAAGGAUUGGAUUGUCGAUACUCUCAAGCCAUGGAGACAACAGCUGCAAGUACUUAAUGAAGUUUUCGCCAAUCCAAAUAUAAUCAAGGUCUUCCAUGGCGCGUAUAUGGAUAUUGUAUGGCUCCAACGCGACCUCGGCCUAUAUGUAGUUGGCUUGUUCGAUACACACUAUGCAUGCAGAAGGCUGGGGUUUGCUGGAGGAAGCUUAGCCUUCUUAUUAAAGAAGUAUAUUGAUUUCGACGCCGACAAGAAAUACCAACUAGCAGAUUGGCGAAUUAGGCCACUUCCCGAGGAGAUGUUCUUCUACGCUAGGGCUGACACACAUUUUCUUCUUUACAUCUUUGACAAUUUGCGAAAUGAAUUACUCGACGCACCUGAUGUUGAAACGCCUGAUGCAGAGGAACCCGUAGCAACCUCGAUGGAUAUAGUCUUACAAAAGUCUAAAGAGACUUCGUUACUUCGAUAUGAGCGACAGCUAUACAACGCGGAAUCUGGGAAAGGGCCAGGAGGAUGGUUUUCACUAAUUUACAAAACGCCUGCUCUAUUAAGUAGUGAGCAAUUCUCAGUAUUCAAAGCUGUACACGCCUGGAGAGAUCAGAUAGCAAGAAAGGAUGAUGAUAGCAUUAAUUUCGUCAUGUCGAAUUCAGUUGUUGUCAAUCUAGCCAAAUUCAUGCCCAUGGAUAUGAUAGCCUUACUCAGUAUCAUUCGACCAAUAUCUCACAGCGUAAAAUCGCGUACUGGGGAACUCUUGGAAGUUAUUAAGGCGGCAAAAGAAAACGGAAAAGAUGGCCCAAAAUCGAUAGACGUCCUAAGAAAAUCACCGGAUUCUGCCGCCACCCCAAAAUCCAACACUGGAGCGAAAUCCACAUCGCAAAAGCUAUCCAAACUUGACGUUACACCGGUAGACAAAACAGAACUUACAACAGAGACAUCCUCUUUCUGGGGGGGUGCAUUUGGAAGCAGCAUAUGGGAGCCCUCAACCACAACUCCGGAUCAAGAUAGCAUGAGACUCGCAAUACCCUUACCCCAAUUAUCAGAAGAAGUUUUCGCUGAAACGAGUACGCCUCUUACCGAUCGAUCCCGUAUGGUCAUGCCCGAAGCACAGACGCCUGUUGCAACACCCACACCUAGCAAAGUAAAAGACGAACCAUUUGUUCUAAAGCGAGGCUCGAAGAGAAAGAGCGAAACCAUCACAGAUCCAGAUGAAGACCAGAAGGCUACCGGUGAUUACGACAUUUCUCUUGACUAUACCUCCUCCACCGAGGCCGAAAGACGUCGGGCUAAAUUUGCAAAAAUGGAGGAGAAACGAUUAAGAAAACAACAAAAGAAAGAAGCAGCCCAGGAGCUCAAAGCAGCGGCACAGGAACGUAAAGCAGAAGAAGAAGAAUCUGAAAAUGAAGAAGUAGAAGAGGACGUAGAGAAAUCGGAAGCAGAACAAGCGGAUGAAGAACAAGGACAAGAAGAAGAAGAAGAAGAUUUCGAUUACAGCAAAGCGGAGUCGGUACUUAAUUCCAAAAAGGAUAAGAAAGACAAAGGUGGAAAGGGUGGAAAGGGAAAGAAAGAAAAGAAACCUUUUGAUCCAUACCAGAAGAGUAGUAAUGCGGAGAAGGGAAUGAGGAGAGUGCAAAAUGGGGAGAGAGGGGGACGAAGUGCAACUUUUCAGAAGUGA